AUGACGGAUGGAUAUCCUGGGUAUGAUAAGAAUGCUUUAAGGCAGAAAAUUCUUGAACAUGAGACGAUUUUCAAGAAUCAGGUUAAUGAACUCCACCGUCUUUGUGGAAUUCAAAGGGAAAUGAUGAAAGAAAUCAAAAGGAAGGAACUACAUAAACAUUGGGCAUCAGUCGAACCAUCGUCGUCAUUGAGUCGUCAAGGAUCUCAAAUGCCAUCGGAUGAUGCUAAAAAAUGGCAUACAAUGGGCUUCCCAUUGUUAAAUUCUGGUUAUGGUACAACAUCCAUGUCGGGAGUUGAAAUUGUUAAUUCUCCUUCGAGUUGUACAAAAGGGUACAACAUGCAGUCUGGUCAUAGCCCUUUGCAAAAUGGGUGUACUUCAAAGGACUCGGAAGCAUUGGACUUGAGACCCUCCAAGGUAAGGAAGAAGUUGUUUGAUCUUGAACUUCCGGCUGAUGAGUAUAUUUAUACUGAAGAAGGGGAAAAGUUACAAGACAACAAAAAAUCCGGCAUUUUGAGUUGCACUUUGAAUGGAGAUCAAAAAAUUAUACCUGAAAAAAGUAUGGAGUUUUUCCUUGGUGACUCUGGUAGUGGAAAGAUUUGUUGCCAGAAAGAUGCUUGGGGUUCAGGUUCCAGUUUGAGGAGCUCUGAUUUUGCCGAUCUAAAUGAACCUGUUCAUGUUGAUGAAGCAACAGCUCGAUCGUCAGCUGAUUUGUUUGGUUAUACUUCCAACCAAGGAGAGACUAUACGAAUAAAUCAGUCUGCCAAAACAAAUGCAGGAUUUCCUUUGUUGAAUAUAUUUCGCGAAAGUAAAGUCAAUGAAAGAGGGUGGCUCUCCCAUAUAUAUGAAGCAGGUCCCAGUAAAGGCAACCCGGGUUUGAUAACUCGAAAUUUCCAAGAAGCUAUGGUUCCUAUACUUAAUCAUCCUGCAGAAGUCCUGCUUAACCGGGCUCAUCAUCCUCCUGGAAUAAAUCCAACUGGACGUAGUGGGGAAGAUAUAUGGAGAAAUGAGUUGGACCAUGGUUUAGAAUCCUCGGAUAGAAAUCGCAAUUACUCCAAUUAUACCCAUUUGGAACCUGUUGUGGCUUCUUGUAUCCCCCGUCCGUACCCAUUCGUUCACUCCUCCAGUUUUGCCAAUUCACCGUCUGAGUCCGUCUCAUCUUGGGCAAAGCCAACAAGUAGCCUUGGCCAAAAGAUAACCAAGUCGAGUAGGAGUAUGCAGCCAUCUGUUCAGAGUCGGGAAGCUUUUGGAGACAAGUGGAAUGUUAGCUCUCAGUUGAAUCCAGGUUCAGGAAGUGAUAUAACAAUCUGUAAUGGGUUCUAUCUUGGGUCUGCCUUAGGUUCCAAAGAACCAGUUCAUUUACCUUCACCCGACUCCGAUUUUCUCAAGUGCGGUAGGGGUAAUGAUGUUGCAUCUGAACGCUCAAUUAACCCUGGAUUUGAGAAGUUUCUCAAGGGCACCAAUCAUUUGAACUUGAACAGAGUAAUGACAAAUAGUUUUCCAAAUGAGGCUGUUCCUCUGAAAGAUCUCAACAUGGAGGAUAGAAAUAGUUCUCCCAAAGACCACCCAUCGUCGUUUCCUUGGCUUGGACGCAAACCAGUUGACAAAAAUGAGGCUGCCAAAACUAGGAAAUUGGAACUCUCUGAAAUCUUUGGCUCCAUUCAAGCUUCUUCUAAUUUAAGUCUGAGAGAUCUUAAUCAAGUGUUUACUCCAAAUGUCUCGCUGGCUUCAAAUGAUUGUGAGAUCGGAGCUAAGGGGGAGAUAGGCGAGUCUCAGAAUAGUCGGAAAAUUCUUGGGUUUCCAAUUUUUGAAAUCCUCAAUGCCCCUAAAAACGAGUCAUCGUCCCUUGUUUCCGAAGGAAAGAAUGUAAAAACUGAAAAGAAAAAUAUAUUAAUCGAUAUUAAUCUCGCUUGUGAGCCCGAAGAGCAUAUAGCUGCAGAAGAACUGAUUGUAGAGAACAAGCUGCAUUCCAACGGUACCAGUAUCCGGAGUCAAAUUGAUUUGAACACUUGUAUUAGCGAGGAUGAACAUCCAUCUGCACCCUCUGUUGCAAGCAACAGUGCCAGUGUGAAGAUCGUGCUAGAGAUAGAUUUGGAAGCCCCGGUUCUUCCUGAGCUGGAUGAUUUUAUACCUGACAAAGAAGAUAGACAGAAUCAGGCAUCUUUGCAAUGUAAUGAAAACAAAGCUGAACAGUUACAGGAUGAAGUUGUCAGGAAUGCGGCAAAAACAAUAUUUUCCAUCUCAUCAUCUUGUCAGCAAAUUCAAAGCGAGGAUUCAAUUUGCUGCCCGUCUGAAACUUCUUUGACAGAAUCGAUCCUCUGGUUUGCUGCUGUUGUCUUGUCAUGUGCAAAUGAAUUGAAAGGAAAAGACAAUGCACCUAUUCAAGAUCUUUCGAAGGAGAUGGACGAUUUUGAGGCCAUGGCAUUGCAACUAACGGAGACCAAGGAAGAAGAUUACAUGCCUAAGCCAUUUGUUCCUGAAGUCCCUAAAGUGGAAGAAACGGGAACCACUUCAUUACCAAGUAGAUCCCGAAGGGGCCAGGGGAGGAGAGGAAGGCAGCGGAGGGACUUUCAGAGGGACAUCCUUCCGAGUUUGGCAUCAUUGUCAAGGCAUGAAGUCACUGAAGAUAUUCAGAUAUUUGGAGCGCUGAUGAGAGCCAGUGGCCAUUCUUGGAAUUCAGGAUUGACUAGAAGACAUGGCACGAGAUACGGUGGAGCUCGAGAAAGGCGAUGUAAACUCGUUGACACUCCCUCUGCACCUGUUGAAAGUCCGGUUUGCACUCCACUGAUGCAGAAACUUAACAAUGCCGAAGCUGGUUUGGAGGAUAGAAGCCUAACGGGGUGGGGAAAGACUACUAGACGCCCCCGCCGACAAAGAUGCCCUGCAGAGGGAAGCAAGACAUUGGGAAGCUUGCUUAAUGACUUUCAGCAGCAAUCGAGAGCCGAAGGUUUGAUUCCACUUGGUGGCGAAUUCAACCAACAGAGAAAGCAACCCUAG